AUGUCAAAGGAUUUAACGAAGCCAUUCUUUCACGAGGAAAGCAAAGAUGACAUUGAUGGAUUCCUUUUUGACUAUGAACAAACCAAACUCUGGGUUCGAGAGCUGAUAAGAACUAAAAAUCAAUGGGCGGAUUUAAAGGAUGCUAUAAUCAAGAUAAUAAAUGCUGAGAAUGAUGAUAGAAUAAGGAUAAACUGGUUGAGGACUAUGAGGCAAGGUGAAAAAGAAACAGUAAGGGGUUAUGCAAGCAGAUUUGAAGCAUACGUAGACACAGUAAAAAACAAGGUGGAGACAUUCUGUCCAACAAGUUAUGUCAAGGCAAAGGAUUGUGCGCUUCAAAUCGAGACCUUCCAGAAGGAUAGAGAACAAUAUGGGGACAGAAAAUCCGUGCCAAUAGUAGAAGAAAAGUCUCAAUCAAUCGACACAGACAUUGAUAACAUUACGGCUGCACUCAGAGCUUUAACGAUUAAUCGUGUAAAACAGGAAACUAAUGAAGUUAGUAGAAUUGACAAAAUUGAGGCUGAUGUGAGAGAAAUGGCAAGGGCAGGAUGA